GAGAAGAAUCCAAAUUAGUAAGAACUAAAAGGAAAGUUGUUUUAUAUUCGCUCUUUCUUGUUUGGAACAACAGACUUGAUCCAAAUUUCUAAGAAUCAUUGCUUUCGGCUUUGGCGUUCAAGAUCGUCGAAACCUUCGGCUUUUGAUUUCUUUCAGUUUGUAGGCAAAAAAUUUUAAUCGAUCGUCAUAGAAGAUGUGGGCGGCGUCUUGCCUAGCGUCAUGCUGCGCGGCUUGUGCUUGCGACGCAUGCCGGACUGUGGUGUCGGGGAUCAGCCGUCGCUCUGCAAGGAUUGCUUACUGCGGCCUUUUUGCGCUCUCACUUGUAGUCUCCUGGAUCCUCCGUGAGGUCGCUGCUCCUCUUAUGCAGAAACUCCCUUGGAUUAAUCACUUUCAUCAGACACCUAGCAGGGAGUGGUUUGAAACUGAUGCAGUACUGCGAGUUAGCUUGGGAAAUUUUCUCUUCUUUACUAUUCUUGCAAUCUUAAUGAUUGGUGUGAAAAGUCAGAAGGAUCCUCGUGAUAGUGUGCACCAUGGUGGCUGGAUGAUGAAAAUAAUUAGCUGGUGCCUUUUGGUAAUCUUUAUGUUUUUCCUUCCGAAUGAGAUCAUCAGCUUUUACGAGACAAUGUCCAAGUUUGGAUCAGGAUUGUUUCUUCUCGUUCAAGUUGUGCUUCUGUUGGAUUUUGUUCAUGGAUGGAAUGAGAAAUGGGUUGGAUAUGAUGAGCAAUUCUGGUUUAUUGCUCUUUUCGUUGUUUCACUUGUUUGCUACUUAGCGACAUUUGUCUUCUCGGGACUUCUAUUCCAUUGGUUCACACCUGCUUCACAUGACUGUGGGCUGAAUACCUUUUUCAUUGUUAUGACCCUGAUAGUUGUUCUUGUUUUUGCCAUUGUUGCACUGCAUCCUGCUGUAAAUGGUAGCAUUUUGCCAGCUUCAGUUAUAUCUCUAUAUUGCAUGUACCUGUGCUAUAGUGGACUUGCCAGUGAACCGAGGGACUAUGAGUGCAAUGGUCUUCACAAGCAUUCUAAAGCUGUUUCUGCUGGCACACUUACUUUUGGUCUGCUCACGACCGUUCUAUCUGUUGUCUAUUCUGCUGUCCGUGCUGGGUCUUCUACUUCUUUGCUCUCGCCUCCAAGUUCACCACGUGCUGGUAAGCCUCUGCUUCCAUUGGACAACACUGCAGAAGAGGGUCAUGAAAAAGAGAAUGCCAAGUCCGUAACUUACUCGUAUUCCUUCUUCCAUAUCAUCUUCUCCUUGGCUAGUAUGUAUUCAGCCAUGCUUUUGACUGGGUGGUCGACUUCUGUCGGGGAGAGUGGGAAAUUGAUCGAUGUAGGUUGGCCGUCUGUUUGGAUCCGGAUUGUUACUGGUUGGGCAACUGCAGCUCUUUUCCUGUGGUCUCUGGUUGCUCCCAUUCUGUUCCCAGAGAGGGAAUUCUAAUGUCAUAAGAAUUUGGGGUGGCAAAACGUUUGUGUGUAAUUCGACUUCUCGACGUGUGUUCAACUUUCGGACUAAGACUGAGAUAUAGUUUGGAUGAAAAAUGAAUCUGUAAUGCAAAUUAUGAUACUGUGAAUAAUAAAUGCAUGUCUUGUGAAUGUGCUUCUACUUCUCAAAUGAAAUUAUAAUUUGUAUCAA